CAAAGACUAAGAUACUUUCCAAUGUCUCUAAAAUCUCGGAUUUCAGCUACGAAAAGUAUGACAAUAGCAAGGUGAACAACUGCCAUUUCUCAAUACAAAGAAAGCUCUUCUGGCUCAUAUAUCCAGAGGAAAAGCAAAACGUGGACGAACAUGACGUUCUGCAGUGCUCUCCUGACUUUAAGCCUUAUCUUGCAUAUUAAUGAAACGAAGCAGACUCAGCUCAUGGAAUCUCUCCAGUGCCUCAAUGACUACGAAUCAUUUGUAUCCUGCACCUGGUCUGAGCACAAAGAUCUACAAAAGUUUAUCAAGAUGAGCCUUUUCUAUAAGACUGAACACAGAGGGGGCUUCGAAAAUAUGACCAACUGUAGCAUCCCAAAUAUAGACAUUCAAAGUAGAAUUUGGAACUGCUACAGAAGCCAGACCUUUUUUUAUGCUUCAGAGAAGCAGUACUACACUUUCAAACCCAAUCGGAAGCUGGAAGUCCAACUGAAUGUCAGCCUCUUUGACAAUGUCCAGCCUCCUCCACCAAAGGAAUUAGACAUCAGCCUCACAAAAGAAGAUGACUUUCUGUUGACAUGGAAAUCGGGUGGUGGAACAAAUGAAAGCCAUUGGCUAGAUGAUACCCUGGAAUAUGAAGUUGCAUACAAAAGAGACUGGGAAUCCUGGGAGAGAUCGACCUCUGUUUUUGUCUCAAAUGUCUCACGCUGCCUUCUCCAUCACACUGAUCUUGUAACUGGGAGUGCUUACGUUGCUCGUGUUCGGAGCAAACCACGCCAAAACGGUCAUCUUUCAGGUCGUUACAGUGAAUGGAGUUCUACUGUAAAGUGGACAAAACAGGAAGGUGACGAAGCCCAACCCAAGAACCUUCGCUGCCUGUUUAAUGGCCUAGAUUGUCUAACCUGCAGCUGGGAGUUGAGGCGAGAGCUCACUGGUUCUCUCUCUUUUGCGCUCUUCUACAAGAUCAGCCCAGAAUCCGUAGAGACCCCGUGCUUUCCAGUUGAGGAAAAGGAAUUGCCAGACCCCCUUCAUGUAUUGCAAAGCUGCAAGAUCAAUGUCACCAACCCGGAGAGACUAAGCCAAUAUCUCAUAACUGUGCGACCCAAGCAAGAAGAGAAAAUUAUUGAGCCUGUUCGGAACAUCAAGGCAGAUCCUCCUUUCGGGCUCUCUGUGAAAAGGGCAAACAACCAGUUGUACGAACUGCAAUGGAAAGACAUAAAACAUGAGGAUUUGAGGCUAUAUCAAGUCUCAUAUUGGGAGGCUGACAAGAAGUAUGAGAAGAACAUCAGUGAAAACCUCUCUCAGUUCACCUUCAGCUUUCCAUUGCUGAAACCAGGAACCCGUUACAAGACACAGAUACGGGCAAAAGUACAUCAUGGUUCCAUUUAUGGCCCUUGGAGUACAUGGAGUGAAGAACAUGAAUGGGUUACCGGAAGUGAAUUGCCUUCCUGGAGUUUUACCCUUGCUGUGCCAGUCUUUAUCAUUCUGGGAAUGGUGGGACUCUGCUGUAGCAAAAGAUAUCUACUCAGAAAGAAAAGAGAAUGGGAUAAAAACAUUCCAAGACCUCCUAGUAUGUUUCUACACCCAGAUUAUUUUACGAAAAUACAGCUGCCAGAAAGUUUAGAGGAAAGCAGUAGACAGAGCUCUUUAGAAGAGUUCACCAGCAACAAUGCAUUGGAAAGGUCAAUGCUGGUUAGAUGUCCAAAUGCUCUUGCAGCUGAGUCAUGGAAAAUAAGAUCACUUUCAGCUGUCUUUCAGAAUACAGAAACUACAGAAUUUUCUGAAGCCAAACUUGACCAGUGUGUGAGUCAUGCUGAACUAUCUCCCAGGCUUGCUCAUAGUCACAAAGCUGAGAUGGGUCUAGCUCAUCAGGUGUUUGAUUUUAAUGGCCCAUACUUAAUGUCCCUUCAAGAGUCACCUGUGCCUGAUGCUCCAGAAGAUGUUGCCCCUUCAGAAAUGAGGGGGAUUCCAGUGUCUAUGCAAUAUGUGGAAUUGCCUCAUGGAUCCUGUUCUCAGAUUUUGCCAGUGGGAAAAGAGAAAGGUACAAUUCCACCAAUCUGCACUGUCCAUUCUGAGGAAAAGGAGAAACUACCGCUUUCUGGAAGAAGGCAAGAAGUAUCUGAAAGCCAAUUGACAAGUGACACAUUGGAAAAAAGUGGAAACAAAGAUCAGGGGCUACAAAGUCCUACCAGCACCAACAACCACUCAAAAAAUGGGAUUUUGGAUUAUUUUACCACUGCAGAGCUAUCAAAGGAGCGAGGCUCUUUGUUUCUGUUACCCAAGGUUGCCUUGAAGGAGGGGAUGGUCACUUGUGCUAUGAAAACAUCUGCCUCACAGCUGUCCCAAGCAUCAGAUGAUCCCUCCAGCUCAGAACGGUACCAGAAGGAAACAGACACCGUGCUCCCACCAAAGGACCAAUCAUCAAGUAUUCCUUCAGUAACAUCCCAGGAUGUGUUUGGUGACUAUUUUAUUACCAUUCUAGGAUCUAUGCCAAUGGAAAUAUUUUCUGUAUCUCCAAAAGAUCCUGGACACAGCAAGAACUUUCUUGUGUUCAACCCCAAUGGCAAAAGCCUCAUUUUAAAAAGUCAAGUGGGUGAAUAUUGCUUCUUCCCCAGCACUAAGCCUAUCACAAAAGGCCAAGAAGGAUAUAUGGGAUGCCUUGCCUUGCCACCCCUCACUCUCUCCCCUCCCUCAGUUCUCUUCCCUUGCAUG